AUGCCUUUUGUACCUACAUUAGGAGGUGUUGCAGUACCAUCCCAAAUGUCUCCGAUAAUGGAGGUGGACACAGAGGAGGAUCAGGAAGACCUGAUUCCUGCUCCAAAUGCAGGACGUUUUUUUAACAUCAACAACAGCAACAACAAUGAUGAGGAAGAAAAGAAGAACAAGAAGAAAAAGGAGAAAAAAGAGAAGAAGGAGAAGAAAGACAAAAAAGAAAAGAAAGAGAAGAAGCAGAAAAAGCAGAUGAAACUGAAAGAAGAGAAGGAGAAAGAAAAUGAAAAAGAAAAAGAGAAGGAGAAGGAAAAAGGAAAGGAAAAAGUUAAAGAGGAGGGGCCUAAAGAGGUGUUUGUGAUUAACCCAGCGGGACUUCUGUAUUAUCAAUGGCUGUUUAUAAUCACCAUUCCCGUCAUGUAUAAUUGGACAGUUAUCAUUGCAAGAGCCUGUUUUGAGGAACUGCAACAUGAUUAUAUACUGAUAUGGUUCUUCUUGGACUACACCUCUGACCUGCUUUACUUAGCUGACAUGGCCUUCAGAGCUCGAACAGGUUACCUGGAACAAGGCUUGCUUGUCAAAGAUGAAAAGCUCCUGCUUCAGCGGUACACAGACAGCUUCCAGUUCCGCAUCGACGUGGUCUCCAUGUUACCCACAGACAUCUUCUACUUUGUUUUAGGGCUAGACUACCCCGAGAUCCGCAUUAACAAGCUGCUUCGCCUGAACCGCAUGUUUGAGUUCUUCAAAAUCUCAGAAACGAUGACCAACUACCCCAACAUUUUCCGGAUCUGCACCUUGGUCAUGUACAUAAUCAUCAUUAUCCACUGGAACGCGUGCCUCUACUUUUCCUUCUCUAAGUCCAUUGGGUUUGGAUCAGAUCCAUGGGUGUAUCCCGCUCUCACUGAACCGGAGUUUGACCAGCUGUUACGAAAAUAUUCCUUCAGCCUGUACUGGUCCACACUUACCCUUACCACCAUUGGAGAGACGCCUUCACCCGAGCUUGACUCUGAAUUCUUCUUUCAUGUGGUUGACUUCCUGGUGGGCGUCCUGAUUUUUGCCACCAUUGUGGGCAAUAUUGCCACCAUGAUCUCCAACAUGAACGCUGCCCAGGCACAGUUUCAGGCACGGAUUGACAACAUUAAACAAUACAUGCAUGCGCGCCACGUCAGUAAAGACUUGGAGAAUCGUGUCAUCAAGUGGUUUGACUACCUGUGGAAUAACAAGAAGGCACAAGAUGAAAGAGAAGUCUUGAGGUACCUCCCAGACAAGUUACGGGCAGAGAUAGGCAUGAACGUGCACUUGGAUACGCUCAAGAAGGUACGGAUCUUUGCGGAUUGCGAGGCUGGUUUGUUAAUAGAGUUGGUGCUGAAGCUUCAGCCUCAGGUCUUCAGUCCUGGUGACUACAUCUGUCGCAAGGGUGAUAUCGGACGUGAGAUGUACAUCAUAAAGGAUGGCAAGCUUGCUGUGGUGGCGGAUGAUGGCGUCACUCAGUUUUGUGUUCUUGGAGACGGGAGCUACUUCGGUGAAAUCAGCAUUCUGAACAUAAAGGGCAGCAAAGCUGGAAAUCGAAGAACGGCCAAUAUUCGAAGCAUUGGGUACUCAGAUCUCUUCUGUCUGUCUAAGGAUGAUCUGAUGGAGGCUCUAACGGAAUAUCCUGAUGCUAAAGCUAUGUUGGAGGAUAAAGGGAGAGAGAUUCUGCUGAAGGAUGGUCUGCUGGAGUUGGACCCUUCAAAACUGAAGCCGGAUGAGAGGGACUUGGAGUACCGCGUGAACCGGAUCUACAGCACGCUGCAGAUCAUGCAGACCAAAGUGAUGAAGCUGAUAGCAGAACACGCAGAGACAAAUAAAAACAUCAAAAAACAGAUUGUAGAGAUAGAGCGGUAUGCCGGGGAAGAGGUAGAGGAUGAAGAUGAAGAGGAGGAAAAGACAGAAAAAGCGAUACAAGAGGAGGCCACAAAGGAGGAGAAGAUGGAAGAUGAGACAGAGGAAAAGAAAGAGGGAGAUCCAGAAAAACAGAGGUCAGAUGAAGAUAAGGAAAUGACGGGAGAAGUGACGAAAGAGGAAAAGGAGGAAAAGGAGGGGGAACCGUAG